UCAGCAUGAAAUGGUUGAAUUGCCUUACCGAUUAAGUGGUCUCCCUGUCGUCAAGGAUCAGGAAUAGAGCCACAUCCCCUGGGCACGGGGAUUCAAGCUGAAGUGGUCACGAGGUUAAGGAAAUAAAAGCUGAAUCACCUGAUCCAUAAUCCUCAGUUAUCGCGUAAGGGCAGCACCGCCUUUAUUCUCAUGCAGUUCCAUUAAAGUCAUAAUCAGAUCAAACACCAUGAAGUUCCUGAUCCUUGCACUGAGCGUGGCUGUGGCUCUAGCUACCAGCCCCAACCUGGACCAAAAAUGGCAGAUGUGGAAGGAAAACAACCAGAGAGUGUACGAGGCUGAAGAGGAGGAGUACCGUCGCUUUGUCUGGGAGUACAACUACAAGAUAGUGACCGAGCACAACCAGCGAUACGCCCUGGGGCAUACCUCCUUCACUAUGGCCAUGAACGAGUACGCCGACAUGACAUCCUCUGAGUUCAAGAAAAAGAUGAACGGCUUUGUGAUGGACAAAGUCCCCCCUGAGGGAAUGAACACCUUCACUGAUAUCAGCAACCUUCCAACUACCGUAGACUGGCGCAAAAAGGGAUGGGUUACUGGAGUGAAAAAUCAGCGUCAGUGCGGUUCGUGUUGGGCCUUCAGUGCCACCGGUGCUCUAGAGGGUCAGACUUUCAAUAAGACAGGCAAACUACCCAGUAUCAGCGAGCAAAACCUGGUGGACUGCGCCAGGAAACCUUCAUAUGAUUGCCAUGGCUGCGAAGGGGGCACCAUGAACGGUGCUUUCCAAUACGUCCAUGACAACAAUGGAAUCGAUUCCGAAUCAUCCUACCCAUAUAAAGCACAAGAUAGGAAAUGCCACUUCAAUCCAGCUAACGUAGUGGCCACCGAUAAGACACACGUUCUGCUGCCCGCCAAAAAUGAGAAGGCGCUGCAAAAGGCCGUAGCAACCAUUGGACCAAUUAGCGUUGCUAUUGACGCCAGUCACCCGUCCUUUCAGAUGUACGACAAAGGUGUCUACAAUGAGCCUCAAUGUAGCCAGACUGCCCUUGACCACGGCGUGCUGGCAGUCGGUUAUGGCAUGGAGGAGGGCAAAGACUACUGGCUGGUCAAGAACAGUUGGGGCAAAAAGUGGGGUAUGAAGGGGUACAUCAUGAUGUCUCGCUUCAAGAACAACCAGUGUGGUAUCGCGACCAAUGCAAGCUACCCACUUGUCUAAAGGACUCCAGGCCAGACAUGCAUCCAUGAUAACAUUCUAAGACACUUAAACCAUCUCGUUUUAUCAAUAGGACUAACUGAAUUAAUAUCAAAUAUCAGCUAUAAAGUUGCCCAAUUUUAUUUUGAACAGCAACGAAUCCCAUCCGACUUAAAGGCCAAAUGGUGCAUGCUGGUAAAUUAAGGCCAUGGCGCAAUAAAGUGUAUAAGGUGCCUCUGUCAGUACAUUAUCGCAUACUCUUCUGAAACCUUUAAAUUUAAUUCAAAUUUACCUCAAGCAGAACAGACAUUGAUUCUUUGGAUCAAAAUCUUUUUCUUUACAUUGAAGCAGAAAAAUGUCUGCACAUUUUCGAGUUGUUUUUAGUUGACUAAUUUGCCAAAGCUAUAGUCAGCGUUAUUCUGUAUAUGUUGUUUGUUCUGUUCUUGAGAUGUUGAGUUUUUUCAAAAAUAUGUUGAAUUUUUCUUUUUCACAUUAAACAUGACGAAGAGGCUGAACAUCAAUGAAGGAACACGAAAAGGAGAUAAGAAACAGUAAAUAGUUGAUUUGAUUGGCAAAAAUUGGCAAAAUUAACAGCACAAUUGGCGAGUACCUUAUAAAAUUAGAAAACUUUAUAAGUACAACAAAAGCUAAAUAAAGUACGUGGUAAUACCACAACACGCUCAAACAA